UUCCCAGCGCUUCGAAGAUGCUGUCUGGAGCCAAGGCGCGAUCGUCCGCCACAUCGCAGCUGCAGCGCAGGCUGCGAGGCGCCAACACAGUUGUGCUCGAGCUCUUGCCCUUUGGCGUCUGCGGGCUUGGCGGAGCAGGCGUGUUUCCGCCCUCUGCCGUCGUCGGCUGACACGCUGCGUGGGCGAU